AUGGAUAACAAUAAUAUAAUGUUUGAUAACUUCCUGUCGAGCUACUCAACUCAGGCCUACCACCAGUUGCCAACAUCGCCAGACUUUAAUCAACUACAGCAACAGAACCAACUGACACCAACUGGCAGCAACAGCUGUAGCAGUCUGGACGAUUGCCUACUAUAUACUACCAGCUCUACCUACAAAGAGGACUGCUAUAAGGAAGCCUCCGACGCAUUCUACUCGGCCACCACCAUGGCCAUGUCCAUGUCCAUGUCCUGUCCAUCGUCGGCCACCUCCACCACCUCACUGUACGACUGCUGUGAUGACCAGAUGCUGGACAGGACAUCCCAGGACUCAUUCUACUCCUAUGAGUUGGACUUAUCGACUUCGUCCCUCAUGAACCAUGACAGUGGCUGCAGCAGCAGUGUCCAAACCACGCCCAUCCAAGGCUCAUACCAACUUCAUCAACAAAUACUCCUACAACAACAACCACUCCAACAACAACAUGUACAGCAGCAGAAGCAACAACAACAGCAACAGUUCAGCUUCCUGCCUUGGAACCAACAACAACCAUAUAUGUUGUCAUCAUCUGACAUCGUCCCGACACUUUAUCCCAUUAGCCCCAUCGAGACGUUCUCCUCGCAAUCACAUGAUACUCUCUCGGUAUAUGAUCUAAACAACACGCUCAAGCUGGUCAACCAUUGCACCAGUGACGGCUCCUCCGACAACCAACUACUCCCCGAUGUACCAUUAUCACCCUCCGAAGACUCAUCCUCCACCUCCUCCACGCCCGCCAACAGCAGAAGUGGUGCCGCCUCGCCAAAGAUACCCGACCAACAACAACAACAACAACCGUAUACCAUAUCGCCAUCGUUUGUAGAACAACAACGUAUGGCACAUGAACAACUCUGCGCCUCACCUAAGUCAGAGGUGCCCUCGCCAAUCCCCGAAGCCCCACUCAGCCCAUCCAAGCCAAAGAAGCUAAUAGAUAUCUGUGACCUGUUCAUCAAGGAGCACACGGCCAUGGUGAGAGACGGUGGCAAGCGACAAGUGUUCAUUGAUGCCUUUGCACUGAAGCACAGCGUCGACUUGACCAGGAUGUACUCGAUACUCCAUGUGAUGAAGUGUAUUGGCAUCAUCGAGAAGCGUGGCCACAACUCCUAUCACUGGCUGGGCAUGAACAACAUUCGUCCAUCUAUCGAGGCCAUCUUCCACUCGACCCACAACUACCUCACUGGCGAACUCGAGUUUGUCUGUGACAAGUGCAAGGCCAACUAUGAGCGCAAGCUCUCUGGACAGUCAUGCAACACCGAAGGCUCUGGCGCCUGUCCAUCCCCCAUGAACGAUGCCAAGCUCAAACAAAACACCAAGCUAAGUCUGAUAUACAAGCAGUUCAUCAAGUUAUUCUUCCUCAAUGAUACUGUCUCUUGCAAGAAUGCCAAGGAGAUAUAUCAUACUCAUUUGACAACGGCCAAGUCCCGAAGACUGUACGACAUGGCACUCAUCUUGGACAGUAUUAAUUUAAUUACCAAGACUGUUAGUCCAGGCAAGAACAAGAUCCAGUACUACAAGUGGAAUGGAUCGCCCACCUUGGACGAGUUGAGAGAGUCCAGUUGUCUGCCCUACCUCAACCAGACCCUU